GUGGAUAUCCACAGGCUGUCGGGUGUUUUCUUACUCGAAUCAGGGGAAGAUUAGGGAAGGUAAAGGAGGAAGCUGGCCGGACCACCGACAGGACCAUGAAUGCGAGUGACUGUGCGCGAGCGAGCAGUGCACCAAUCCAUCAUUCUAAGACCACCCCAAGUUCCUCCAUAUCACUUCUCUCUGUUAAAAUAUGAACGCUGCAUAUCAACGGCUCCAGACGUGGUUCCUCUGCUGAAUCUGUGCUCCAACGUCAAACACUUGUACCAAACUCAUGGCUUCAUGGUUCGCAGAGGGCUGGAUCGGGACAACCUCCUCCUGGGCAGAUUCAUUGACGCCUGCUCUUCUCUAGGCUUUUCAGACUAUGGCUAUUCAGUCUUUACACACAAAACUCACCAACAGGGCAAUGACAUCUAUCUCUUUAACACCGCCAUCAGGGCUCUCUCUCGCUCUCCUACGCACUCUCCCAAAGACGCCAUCCUUCUCUACAGUGGCAUUCAAGUUGCAGGCCUUCGACCUGACGCUUACUCCCUCCCCUUCGUCUUGAAGGCUGUUGUUCGUCUAUCCGCAGUUGAAGUCGGAAGAGAGAUACACUGUCAAGCUCUUGGCACAGGGUUAGAACUCGACGUUCAUGUGGCGACGGCUCUCAUUCAGAUGUACUCUACGUGCGGGUGCGUUUCCGAUGCCCGAAAGCUGUUUGACGAAGUGUCUGUGAGAGACGUGACCUUGUGGAAUGCGAUGGUAGCUGGUUAUGCUAAGGGCGGUGAUGCUGAUAAUGCCCGCGACUUGUUCGAGCAUAUGCCUGACAGGAAUGUAAUUUCGUGGACUGCCAUGAUUGCUGGUUAUGCUAAGAUGGAUCGAUCAGGUGAAGCGAUUGCAAUGUUCCGGAGAAUGCAGCUGGAGGACGUGCAGCCUGACGGAAUCACAUUGUUGGUUAUGCUCUCGGCUUGUGCACAUUUGGGUGCCCUUGAAUUGGGGAAAUGGAUCCACAGCUACGCAGACAAGCAUGGAUUUUCUAGACGCAUUCAGCUUAACAAUGCCCUGAUAGACAUGUAUGCAAAAUUAGGGAAGUUAAACAAAGCGCUAGAAGUUUUUGAAAACAUGGAGCAUAGAAGCGUUAUAACUUGGACAACAAUGAUCGAUGGACUGGCCCUACAUGGGCUUGGAAAAGAAGCUGUUGAUAUGUUCUCUCGCAUGGAAAGUGCUGGAGUUAAGCCAAAUGCAGUUACUUUUAUUUCUAUUCUAUCUGCUUGUAGCCAUGUUGGAUUGGUUGAAAUUGGUCUUGGAUAUUUCAACAGUAUGGGUUCAAAGUACGGGAUCAAACCAACAAUUGAGCACUAUGGUUGCAUGAUUGAUUUACUUGGGCGUGCCGGUUACCUCCGAAAGGCACUGGAAUUGGUUAGGGUAAUGCCAUUUGAAGCAAAUGGAGCUAUAUGGGGUUCCCUUCUCGCUGCUUCGAGAAUUUAUGGCAAUGCUGAGCUUGCCGAACAUGCUUUGCAGCAUCUAGCAAAGGUGGAACCCUAUAAUGGCGGAAACUAUAUGCUUUUAUCUAACAUAUAUGCUGCCCGUGGUUGGUGGACUGAAGUUGGGGUAGUAAGGAAGGAAAUGCGGGACAAGGGCAUUAAGAAGACGCCUGGUGGGAGUUUCAUUGAGGUGAAUAACAAAGUUCAUGAAUUCAUAGCCGGUGACAGAUCACAUCCAAAAUCUACUAGGAUAUAUGAAGUUUUGGGCAAGAUAAACUGGCAGUUGAAGAUGGCUGGUUUUGUACAAAUGGAAUGUGAGAUGGAUGCAUGAAUCAAGCAAGGGAACAAAGCUUUCCUACUUAUGUGGAGACUUCCUCUUUGUUUGAAACUAACUUUGUGCAUUAUAGAAAGAAUUAUGCAACAUGACUUGUAAAGGUGCUAUAGCUCCCAAGAAAAAUGUGGAAAGAAUUUUGCGAUUGAAAAACUUAGUAAAUUGGAUUCACAUUGACAAGAUGUAUUUUCAGCUAAAUGUAAAUUUACCAAUGGACUAGGCUAGCACAUUCAAUGGUUAUCUUAUCUACUAAAGCGAUACAUGAACCAUUUUUCGA